AUGACAGGUGAACUAAUCAUCGAGAAGGCGAAAAAGUUCAUAAAAGAUAUGUAUCCAAACACAACUUCAAAAAUUCAACUUUGUGACGCGGGGAUCAUACGAGCUUUUAAGAUGCAUUUUCGUCGUCGAUUUUAUAGAAAUCUUUUGGAGGGUUAUGAAUUAGGGGUUUCAAAUCCAGCAAAAAUAAAUGUGUUAGAUGCAAUGAAUCUUGCAAUUUCAGCAUGGACUAUGGAUGUUCGUGCAAAUGAGAACUCAGAUGAAGGUGGUGAAAGCACUCAAGAACUCCAGAAUUUGAUCAAAGAGUUGAAUUAUCGCAAUGCAAUGGAAGUCGAAGAUGUUCUGACUUACCCAGAAGAAAAUGUAGUUGCACAGUUGUUGACUAAUGAAGAAAUCAUUGAAAGCGUUAUUGGAAUUAAUAAAGAUGAUAUCGAUAAAGAAGAUGAUAAAAGUUCUACAAUGGAGCCCCCUUCGCGAAACGAAGCUAUUAAAGCGGCAAUCACAUUGAACAAUUUCUUGUUGAGCUAUGAGAAAACAACACCAGAAGUAUAUGAAUCUGUUGGUAUCUCAGCUUUCAUUUUAAAAUGCCCCAUUUUUGUGCAAUUGUCUUGA